UCUCUAUAAGCUAUUCAAAUUGUUGUUGUUGAAUGUUCAACGGAUAUUCAAGAUUAUCCAGUUAAACAGCCUCAACAAUAGCUACAGUUUCAUAUUAUUAUAUUUUGAAAUUCAAGUGGAAAAAUUUCAUACGCACUGCAUCUGUGCAGAAAAGCAAGUGCAGUAAAAAAAAGAAAAAAUAUUGGUGAAUUUUAAUCGGAAGCAAAAGUGAUUCGAAACCGUGAAGUUUCAUGUGAAGUGUGAGGAAAUUGAAUUUUUUUCUGCAGAAAAAAAAAGAGAAAUUCUUUUUCGAAAAAAGGCAGUACGGUGGAGGAGGACCGUACACUUUUUUGGUCAAAAAUUCAAGUUUCAGGAUUCGUUCGGCGUACACAUUCAAAAAAUUCCGAACGGAACUGCGUGAAAAUGAAUUGAAUAAAUACCAUCCAUGCAAUCACAUUCAAGCACACAUUUCCAAAUGGAAAAGAGUCCAUACAAAAUGAAAUGAAAGUUGUUAAAACGAGAGCUCAACAAUAUUUACAGCAAAAACUUGGUUUAAUUAGAAAAACUAAAAAAAAAACGAGUUCUCUCGGUAAAAACUAUUGAAAACCGAACGUUGUACAAAAUUUUUAAAUGAUUGGAGAGGCGAACACUUAACAUUUGUACAUAUAUACAAAAUUAAAAUUCAUUUCAAACCACACAACCAUAUAUCCACGAACAUCGAACGUGAUUUGAAACCGAACGGAAUCCGAUACGAGGAACGAAAACUAAGUAGAAUGUCGGUCGAAGAGUCAGAUGCACCGCAAUACAUUGUAACCGCUCCGGGCGAGGAGAAUAAUGAUGAAGACGAUGAUAAAUCAUCGACGACGACUACAACAUCCACCGCAACGGCCAAAUCGACAGCAACUGCCGUAAAUGUCAAGAUAAAUAAAACUCAUAAUACGCGUAGCCAAAGUUUGCAAUCGUCCACCACAACAAUUUCGGCAGGUGGGGCUGGCGGAGGUGGAAUCGAUCAACAACUGAAUUCAAAUGCAACAUCGUUGCUGCAACAGCUCAAAGCACAGUCCAGCAUAAAUAUUGUGACAGAGAAGCACGUGCAAAAAUUUUCAAGUAGUCAAACAACAACAGCAACCACGACGAGCAGUAGUUCGACAUCGGCAACGGGUACAAAAAGUAAAUUCACCAGCUUUUUACAGCAUCCGGAUACUUCAGCAAUGUCACACGGUGCAACAUUUUUAACAGCACAACAAAAGCAUGUUCGUCAAUUUGUGCGCUCAACAUCGGCACAUUCAUCGACCGAUAGCGCUGCUGGGGGCAUUUCCAUUUCGGGCAAAGCUGAAAAAUGCAUGCGAAGCACAUCACAACAAAUUGACGAUGAUCAUCAUAGCUUUUCCACCGAAUAUACAAACAAGGGAUUACAACAAUCGGCUGCCAUUCUCAUAUCAAAAUCAGCCGAAACCAUCGAAGGUUUUCGCUCGAGCUCAUCAACAUCGGGCAGUAUGCGUACACAACUUACAUUGUCCGGCGGAUUCUUAGCACCACCAAAUCGAAAACUUACCAUUUUGAGUCCGGUUCAUGCACCGCCCGGUUUGCAAGAACUACUCAAAAAGCAUCGAUCUCCGCUAUCACCACGCAUUAGCUUUCCAGGCACCGAUACCGAACUAUUUCCUUUUGAUGUUGAAAAUGGACAAGGAGCACGAUCACCGCUGGAAGGUGGUUCGCCGAGCGCAGGUCUUGUUUUACAAAAUCUUCCACAACGCCGCGAAUCAUUUCUCUAUAGAUCUGAUUCCGACUUCGAAAUGUCGCCAAAAUCAAUGUCACGAAAUUCCAGCAUUGCAAGCGAAAGGGAAAGUCGGAGUAAUGUUGCAAAUGUUGCACCCAUACGUGAAGAGUUUAAAGAGCAAGAGCAACAGGUUUUAGCCGACCGAUCCCAUGGUGGAGAAGACUUGAUUGUGACUCCGUUUGCUCAAAUAUUGGCCAGUCUUCGUUCAGUACGGAACAAUUUUUUAAGCUUGACAAAUGUAUCAACAUCAAAAUCAAAGAGGUCAGCUGCCACACCUUUAAGCAAACCAAUAGUGCCGGGUGAUGAGCAAUACGUCCGCUUAGCAAUGGACACUAUGGAAGAGUUAGACUGGUGUUUAGAUCAAUUAGAAACAAUUCAAACACAUCGCAGUGUUUCUGACAUGGCAUCGCUUAAGUUUAAACGAAUGCUGAAUAAAGAGUUAUCACACUUUAGUGAAUCAAGUAGAUCUGGUAAUCAAAUCUCAGAAUACAUUUGUUCAACAUUUUUGGACAAGCAACAAGAAUUUGAUUUGCCAUCGCUCCGAAUCGAUGAAAAUGAAAUUGCACAAUUGAAUGCGCAAAAGAAUCGAAGCCGAUCACCACGUUUUGGUGGACCACCGAUGUCACAAAUAUCAGGUGUAACACGUCCAUUGUUAUCGCACACCAAUUCAUUUACGGGUGAACGUUUGCCAACAUUUGGUGUUGAAACGCCGCACGAGAAUGUAUUGGGCACCCUAUUAGGCGACAUAGACACAUGGGGCAUUGAUAUAUUUAAAAUAAGUGAAUUAAGUUGUCUUCGUCCGCUAACAUGUGUCGCAUACACCGUAUUUCAGGGUAGAGAUUUGUUAACUGCUCUUAUGAUACCACCGACAACUUUUCUUGCAUUCAUGGCCACUCUAGAGGAUCAUUACGUCAAAGACAAUCCAUUUCAUAAUUCAAUGCAUGCGGCCGAUGUCACACAAAGCACAAACGUACUGCUAAAUACGCCGGCACUUGAGGGCGUUUUCACGCCGCUCGAAAUUUGUGGCGCUCUAUUUGCUGCCUGCAUACAUGACGUCGAUCAUCCCGGUUUAACUAAUCAAUUUUUAAUAAAUUCAAGUUCCGAACUAGCAUUAAUGUAUAAUGACGAAUCUGUUUUGGAAAAUCAUCAUUUAGCUGUUGCCUUUAAAUUACUCCAAAAUCAAGGAUGUGAUAUAUUUUGUAAUAUACAAAAAAAACAACGUCAAACGUGCCGCAAAAUGGUUAUCGAUAUUGUUUUAUCAACGGAUAUGUCUAAACAUAUGAGUCUGCUAGCUGAUCUGAAGACGAUGGUGGAAACGAAAAAGGUGGCUGGUUCGGGCGUACUUUUAUUAGAUAAUUACACAGAUAGAAUUCAGGUGUUAGAGAAUUUGGUACAUUGUGCCGAUUUGAGUAAUCCGACAAAGCCGUUACCAUUGUACAAACGAUGGGUGAGUUUGCUCAUGGAGGAAUUCUUUUUGCAAGGUGACAAAGAGCGUGAAAAUGGCAUGGAUAUUAGCCCAAUGUGUGAUCGUCACAAUGCAACAAUUGAAAAGUCUCAAGUUGGAUUCAUUGAUUAUAUUGUGCAUCCGUUAUGGGAAACAUGGGCCGAUUUAGUCCAUCCCGAUGCCCAAGACAUUUUAGAUAUGCUCGAAGAAAAUCGUGACUAUUAUCAAAGUAUGAUACCACCAUCACCGCCACAAACUGACGAAGAUAUAGCUGACGACCGUAUUCGCUUCCAGAUAACCGUUGAAGAAUCGGACAAUGAAAAUGACGACGACGACGACAAUGAUGACGACGACGGUAAUGGUGAUGACGAGGCAACAGCAACGACAGCUGGUACAAGCAAAGAUGCUGGCAAACCAUCAACAAGUCAAAAUCAAACGACACACACAGGAAUGUGACGGAGAGUAGUUGGAUUAUGUCGUAAGCUCACUGAAAAAGCGCAUACAUUUUUACUAAUCAGAUGAGAUAAAAAAUAAAAUUGAGAGAGAGAGAGAGAAAGAGAAAUUAAACAUAAAUAACGCGCCACCACCGCAACUACACUUCACUACCGUCUGGUUCACUUCUCAAAAAUCAUAUCCGGAGAAAACACCUCCAUUUAUAUACAUUUUACAGAAAUACACACCAGAAACAAUUUUCAUUUCAUCCAUCACAAAAGCAUGCAAAAAUCGAUUUAUAAAAUCAUCGGCACAGAAACAACGGUAUAUUCUAAAUGAACAUGUUAAUUUUAACUGACAUUUUUCUUUCUUUUCACAUCCAUCGUCAAUCAGACCCCCACUUCCUCUCAAACAAAAAAGUUUAUUUUCUAAUUUUUAACCGAAAAAAAGGAAUUUGUUUGAUUUUAUUCGAGAAGAAAAAUGAGUGAGCGUGUUUUUUUGUUUUAAACUAAUUUACUUCGUGAAAUCUGGAGUGCUAACAUUUUUUUAGAUACAAAUAUUAAUGAAAAAAAAUUACAAGAAAAAAAGUAUGUGCUAUGAAAAAAACUCAAAAAGAAUAAAAAGAAUUGUAAAUUAGAAUUUUUAUGACGGUUACGAAAAAUACUGUGAAAGAAAGAAAGGAAAACAAAAAAUUAUAAAAGAAUUAACUAUAUUGACACUUAGGUAAAUUAUAUGAAAAAAAAAACAACAACCACUAAAUUUAUGCAGAAGAAAAGAAUCUGCGACACGACUUUUCUCUCAAGUUCGAGUUUUUGUGUGAUGUAAUAUGAAAAGAUAAAAAGAAUCCAGCAACCCAAACAAAUCAAUUGUAAAAUUGCACAUUGACAGAGAAACAUCUCUUAUAUUUCCAACAAUUAAAGAAGAAAAAAAAACAAAAUAAAACAAUUAUAUGAAGAUAACACAACAAAAAACACACACACAUUAAUGUAUUGAAAAAUCGUAAUUAACUAAUUUAAAUUCUAGCAAAUAAUGAACUUGGUGUGCAUAGAACAUUAUGUAUCAUAAGUAUCUAAAUUUAACAACAAUAGAAUCAACAAAAAAAACAAUUUAAAUCAUAGGUACUGAAAUUGUAUAUUAAUAUUUAUUUUUAAAAAACAAAAUUGAACAGAAAAAAAAAUUACCAAAUUUACUUUCAACAAAAGAGCAUGCAGAAGUCGUUGCACGCGAUUGCUAUUGCGUGACGAUUUUUUAAUGAAAACUUGAACAAUUCAGUUCAUUUUUUCUUAGCCAAUAUAUCUUUGUGUUCCAAUUUGAAUUUAAUGUCGAAAGUGAAAGAGAAAGAGAGAGAGAAACUAAGAAAGAGAGAGUUGGGGAGAGUAUCGAAUUUCAAUAGUGAAAAUCAUUGAAUCGAUAAGCGAGAGUCAAUGAUUGAAAUUGAUGUCAGAUCUGUAAUACGCACGAAUAAGUGAAUGUGAUUGGACAGUUGGAUUGUAUGAUUUUCAAAUUGGCUGCGGUUGGGACUUUUGUUAUCUUCAUUGAAAGUAAAUCAAAGAUAAAAAGAAUAAUCAUUGUAAAAAAAUAUACCACAAAAAAUGAGCUUCUUUAUAUUUAUGUGUACAACUAAUGAAAAGUUUAAAUUAGACGAAAUAAUGAAUGGAAGCAUAGGGACGCCUCGUCACUUAUUUGUCGUGAUAAAAUAAUAAUAAUAAUAAUAGACAGACACUAGCGUACGCGCGCACAUACCGCCAACCUUUCAAACAAACAAAAUGAAUCCCUUGAAACAUCCAACAUUAAAACCUUACCAUCAAAUCGCCCACAAGCAUUUUAAAUAAGAAUACAUUUUUAAUGAAACAUUUAAUCAUAAUAAACAUUUUUUGCCCAGAUGAAGACACAACAACGUGCUUGUUACAUAAAAAAACAUAGUUCAAUGUGUAGAUUCCAAGUAGAUCAAAAUCGUAUUUAAAAUCCUGCAUAUAAAUCAUAUAAACCAGUGUUAAAUGUGCAUCGGCUUUGAAAAGAGAAACAUUUCUAGAAUCUAAACAAUGUAAAAUUAGCCAUCGUUUUAACCGUAGAAAAUACAAAAUAUUUGCUUGGACCACCAACAAACUACAAGAGAACAUCACUUAUUUCAAUGAAUCGCUAAACUGAUAUAAAUACAUAGUACAUAAUAUUUAUUAGCUGUCGUGGCUAUAUGAAAACAAAUUUCGGGGACCGUCGCAAUCCACAUGUUUUUUUCUCACAUUCUGAAUGUUCAAAACCGACGAUUUUCUUAUGUAAAAAUCGACACAAUACAAUCUCGAUAUACCAUCAUAAUUUAUUAUUCUUCAACUCGACCACUCAAAUUUAACUCACUUGAAUCACACACACAAAUACAAUUAAUAGUCGCCAUACGAUAAUUCGCGCCCGUUAUUCCCGCCAUUAUUUCAUACCAAACGCAGUGUUUUCUAUAUUAUUAAUUCAUCACUUAUCAUCUUCUGUUCUUCUGACACUCUAUUCUCUUUUUUUAAAUACAUUUCUUCCUCGUGCAUUCAAACUGAAACCUUUUUCUACAAAAUCCCAUUGCACACCAAACACAAUAUCUUACUAGAAAUCUAUUUAUUAAACUGAAAACAAUUGAAUAUUAUUUAUGCGCACGAACAUUUGACGUGAAACCAAACAAAAACAAAUUUGCAACAAAAAAAAAAGAUGAAAAAAUAUAAUAUUUAUCGUAUAACAUAAAAACCAGUAGAAUAUCAUACAUCAAAGAUGAGUAAAAUGUGCGACGGGCGGCGACUGUACGUUUGCUCAUUUUGUCGCACCUUUUGUUUUUCUUUUGCUGGAUAUGAAGAAAAAUUCAUUAAAUAAAAAAAACACACACAAUAUUUAAUUAUAUUUAAAGCAUAAAUAUUCAAUCAAUAUACAUACAACAACAACAAAUGAAGAAAAAAUAAUGAAUAUUAUUAUGAUGUAAAAUGUAAAUGUAUAGAUAAAUUUAUUUGGUUGUGACGCUGGCGUCACAAUAUUUCUACAAAAAAAUAUAUAUUCUAACAGCAGCAUACAAAGCAAAUGAUAUAAAAAGCGAGAGAAAAUAUAUUUUUUUUUAUUUAGUUUUUGUGCCGUUAUUUUAUUCUGUUUUUGAAAAAGAUUUUAAUAUCAAAUGCCACACAAUAUUAUAAAACAGGAAAAUAAAAAAAAUUAAUUAAAAAAGAUACUGUGAAUGUAGCGAAAGAUUUAACCAAAAAAAAAAAAAUCACAAAACAGGAACACAACGUUUUUUUUGUUCCAAAAUGUUCUUAUUUAUUUUCCCAUUUUUUGAUGAUGGUGAACAUGUUGAAAAAACAAACACACAUACAAAUUGAUAUUUGGUGUCUAAAACCACAUAAUAAAAUAGUUGAAAUGCACAUUAGGUGACGAAAACAACAACAACAAACAUAUUUGUCAAACAAGAGAUAAAAAAAUAACGCCAAAAACAUACUAAUUUACAUGGAUUGAAAAAAAAAAACAUAAACAAAGUUAGAGCAAGCAUUGCAUGUCUCGAGAGUAAACCAAAAAUGAAUAUCUAAUAUUUAAAAUAAACCAACAAUUUAGAAUAGAGGCGUGUAGUUUUAAUUCAACAAAGAGAAAAAAAAACCAAGCUAUUUGUAAUAAAUGUGUAAAAAAUAA